AUGGGCAAAAACAAGGAGAAGGACACUACAAACAAGCAAAUUAGGUGGUCAAAACUAAUGCACACUUUAUUACUUGAAAUUCUUGCUGAUGAGGUUGCUAAAGGAAAUAAGCCUUCAAACACAUUCAAACCUACGUCAUUUACACUAGUUGAUAGGUCAAUUAGCGAGAAAUUUGGAGUAGAAUGUGUAUUUGAUCAUGUUGAGAAUCGCCUUCAAACCAUCAAGAACAUGUGGACUAUCAUCAACACCCUCCUUGGGAAGAGUGGCUUUGGAUGGGAUGAAAAUUUAAGGAUAAUUACUUGUGCGAAGGUGUAUGAUGAGGAAGUGGUGGCGCAUCCUAAGCAUGAGCAAUUUUCAAAUAAAAAAAUUGAGAUGUACGAUGAGAUGACCAUAUUUGUUGGUAAGGAUAUGGCGACUGUGAGUUUCUCAAAGUCUUUUGUUGAUAUAUAUCAACAUGAUAAUGUUCUUGAUUCAGAACAUGUGGAUUUGGAUUUUGAUGAAGCAUCGUCAAAAGGAAAAUAUGUUACUUCUUCCGAUUCUGCUUCAGCCAAAAGGUCACACAGGAAAAGAAGCUGUACUGACAGUAAAUAUACUUAUAAUUUGAUAUCUGAACAGUUGAAAGAGAUUGGAUUAGCACUUAAAUCUCUCAAUAAGGGAGUCUAUGCAGAUAAUCUUUAUGAGGAAGUAAUGAAGGUGGAAGGAUAUGACAAGUUUCUGCUUGCAUUUGCAUUUGACUACUUGAUGGGAGAUGAGAAUAAUGAAAGAGCAUUUUUGGCAAAGAAUGCUAAGCUUAAAAAGUUUUGUCUUAAACUUAAGGAUAGUUCGCAGUCGGUAAUGGAAUUGGACAUUUCAUUUGCAAAGGCUGUUACACAUCGAAUUUUUGUGAUUUAUCUUGAUCAGGCGAAGUUGGAGGCUUCAAGUUGA